AUGCAUGGAGGGACCUCGAAACUGGUGGUUGCGGUUGAUAUUGGGACCACAAGCACCGUCGUUUGCUGGAAAUGGUCGGACAGUAAUGACUCCUACGUUCUCAAAUUCCCUUCCGACGGUAACGCCAAGACCAACGAGGAAUUAGAGGCCGUUCUUGGAUGCUCGCAACAGAACUGGUACUACGGGGACGAUGCUCGGUAUCGGUCUGAGGUCGUUGUUUUUGAACACCCCAAAUUGGCGGCUAUGGGCCAACAGCCAUACACAAAGCUGCUUGAGGAGGCUCUACGUGGGGCUACGGAGCAACGUGGGCUGGCGGUGACCUUAGGGGACUUGUACGAGAAAAUUUUCUCGUACAUCUGGGAUACUCUCAAGGGACAAUUUCUCAAAACACCGGAACGCGACCGCUACUGCGGUGAUCGAAAUUUCGACGAAAUCCCCAAGCAUUGCCGGGUAACAUACCCGGUGCAGUACAAUGCAUGGCUCAGAAUGAUACUCGCCGAUGCGGCAAAGAAUGUGGGAUUUCACGAGGUAGAUGGAGUUCCGGAGCCUGUAGCAGCGGGCUAUUUUGUUAGAUCCGAAGCCACCCCCGUCUUGUCGGGCCUGAAAACUAUCUUGAUACUUGAUUGUGGCGGUGGAAGUACUGAUGCCGCGACGCUAUCCUUUGACGAUGAAGGACGAAUCAAGCUGGUCUGUCCUACGGAUGGGUUCAACGGCGGUAGCCAGAUGAUCAAUGACGCUGUGCGCGAUGCGCUGCAGGCACGGUUCCCAGAUAAUAACUACCUGAGGGACGACUCGCGUGCGGAAAUGAAAACAUUUUUCCACCCACUGGUCCAAAAUACCCUAGCACUAUUGCAGAAGCAAGCUACCAGUGCUUCCGAAAAAGGCUUCCCACCUACCAUCUUCGUCAUGACUGGCGGUCUGAGCCGAAAUAUCUGGGUUCGCGAGACGAUUUUCAGUGAGGCUCGAAGACUGAUACCUGGGAUUGAAUGUUCCUGUGAAAUCGCGGCGGAGACUGUUGCCAGAGGAGCUCUUUACUAUGCCCAAAACCCAGUCAAAGAGGAAACCGUGGCUAGGGUAGACCUGGGCCUGACUUACUUGGAGGAUCGCUCCCCACGUGGAAGACCACUUGGAGGGGACCGGGUGGAAGAAGCGAUCGCCUGGGUGAUCGUGCGGGGUCGAGCCGCAGGACCAGAGAGUCGCGUGGAACUUAUCAAAAUUGUCUAUCGGGAGAGCUUGGAGCCUGCGAAUAAUAUCAUUUCCUCCAAAGUUUUUACGACAAGUGAUCACUUCGAUCAAGACCGAAUCUGA